AUCUUCUUUCAUUAAAAUAUAGCCAAACAGAGGCUACCAGUUUCGCCUACAGCUCCCCCCCUCUCCCUCUCUCUCUCUAGUCUCUGUACGCUUUCCCUUUCUCCUUUCAGCUUCUCUUUGCGGAGACGAGCUUCUGGGAAAUCUGGUUGGAAGCAGUGCGAUUGGAAUGGAAUGAACGAAUAAAAAAUAACAGUAUAACAGAAUUCCUAACAAUAUUGUCCAGCUCAGCUUCUUCUAACAAUAUUUACGACGUUCUCCCGGCGGUGGUUUCUUCAGUUCUGUGGCGUCUGGGUGCUGCAAGUCGUGUGUUUGAUUUUCAGAUCUCUGUUAAGGAGUGUGCUUUGGGUUCUUCAGCUUAGCAGUAAAUAAGUGACUAUGGCUACGGUUAUGGAUGAUGAAUUUGUGAAGGGUGACAAACUUAUUUUGAGAGGACUGAAGUUCCAUGGGUUUCAUGGAGUGAAGCCUGAAGAAAGGACAUUAGGCCAGAAGUUCUUGGUGGAUGUCGAUGCCUGGUUAGAUCUUCAUGAGGCUGGUAAAUCAGAUUGCUUGUCCGACACCAUCAGCUAUACUGAGAUAUACCGCAUAGUCAAAGAAAUUGUCGAAGGAGAACCUCAAAAUCUCCUGGAGUCUGUUGCUCACCGCAUUGCAUCAACCACAUUGACCAAGUUUCCUACGAUAUCUGGGGUACGUGUGAAGGUAGGGAAGCCCCAUGUCGCAGUUCAUGGCCAGCUUGACUACUUGGGGGUGGAGAUCCUCAGAACUAGAAAAAUAGGUGAACAAAACUGAGUUCAUGUAAGCAGUUUGUUCCGUUUAAGCAUUUUUCUGGUUUGCUAUUCUGCAGCAGGCAAACAUGUCUUCAUUUAUGGGUCAAAUGUACACUUCCAAAUGAAUGGUUUGUAUCAAAUGGACUUAUGUUUUCUUCUUGCUUCUCUCUCCUUCUUUUUUUUUUUUUUAUAUUAAUCCAAGUUCUAUACACUAAUACAAUCAGAUGUAAAUUUUCUUUAUUUUUAAUGCUCAUUUUGCUCUGAAGCAGUCA